AUGGAGAGCCGGCUGGUGACAGCGGGGCCCUACCGCGCCACCAAGCUGUGGAAUGAAGUUACUAAAUACUUUCGAGCAGGGAUGCCAUUGAGGAAGCACAGGCAACGCUUCAGAAAACACGGGAAUUGUUUUAGUGCCGUGGAAGCCGUGGACUGGCUUCACGAACUCCUAAGGAACAACAGGAAUUUUGGUCCAGAAGUUAGUAGGCAACAAACAGUUCAGUUACUAAGAAAGUUUCUCAAGAAUCAUGUAAUUGAGGAUAUAAAAGGAAGAUGGGGAUCAGAAAAUCUAGAUGACAACAACGACCUAUUCAGAUUCCCUUCAACCUCUCCAGUUAAAACUUUGCAAAGGAGGUCUCUAUUGAAAGAGAACACAGAAAAUAUUCCAAAAGAGGAAGGAAGUCUCUUUAAACUACCACAUUUCUCCAGGAGGACUCCUAAAAAACAUGAAUUACUUGAUACCCUGGAGAACAUAGAAAACACAAAAAGUGAAAUAAUGGAAGAGGACAAGGAAAACUUACACAGGAAGAAAAUAAGUCAAGAGGAUAUAGAAGAAAUUUGGCGAAACAUAAUUUUGAUACACUUGCAAACCAUUUUAGGUCUACCCUCUCUGGAAGAAGUCUUGCACUCAGCCCAAGUAAUUCCUCAAUAUGUCAUGUACAACAUGAGUAACACAAGUAAACAUGGUGUUGUUGUUCUGCAAAACAAAUCAGAAGACCUCCCUCAUUGGGUAUUGUCAGCUAUGAAGUGCCUUGCAUACUGGCCUAGAAGUAAUGACAUGAGCCAACCAACUUACAUUGGUUUUGAACGGGAUGUGUUCAGAACAGUCGCUGAUUACUUUCUCAAUCUACCUGAACCAUUGCUUACUUUUGAAUACUAUGAACUGUUUGUGAAUAUUCUUGUUGUGUGUGGCUACAUCACAAUUCCAAAUAGACCCAGUGGAAAACACUGUAUCCAAGAUGAGGCGUGUGACCCACAGCCUUCAAAAACUCUGCACUUGAACUCUUUCAAGUCAACUGAAUGUCUUCUACUAAGUUUACUUCGAAAAGAGACUGAAAAACAAGAGGAAGAAUCUGAGUCUUCUGGAAAUAUUUCCCAAAAUGAACGUACUCUUCAAAAAGAAUGUGCUAAAAAAUUACAGCACUAUAACUUGGCAUGUAAACGAGCCAGUGCUCAUGAUCUAAGAGGAGGAAACUGUAAAAAUCUGUCAGGUUUAAGGAAUGAACAGGCCCUGUCUCUCAAACUUAGGGCAAGGUGCUAUUCUUUGGAACAAAUUGCAGCUACUACCUCAAGUUUUUGUAAUGAAAUGGGAUCCAACUCCCUCUAUCAAUCUGACAUUAACAUAAUAUCAGGCAAAAAUAAGGAAAACCCACUACUACAUUCUGGGUACAAAGCAGAAUUGCUGUUGGAUCUUGGAUCAGAUAGCACUGGGCAGAAACAACUGUGUGGUUCCAGGAGAGUGUCUGCAUCAACAGUUCACGACCAAGAGCUAUGUAAUGGGAAUCACAAAUCUAAGCAACUCUGCACGUCUCAGAGUUUACUUGGAAGCAGUAAGUCCAGAAAUUGCAGUGGCAUCAACACACCAGUUGCUGAAAUCACAGUAAAACCAUAUGCAAUAGUUCAUCUUGGACAGAGGAAGUCAAGUACUACCAGUGUGGUUACUAUAGUAGAAAAUGAGCCUAGGGAUUCUGAUAUCACAGUCAAUAAAAGACUCUGCAAAAGUGCAGUAGAACUUUCAGAAAACUCUUUCACUCCAGCUUCCUUUAUGUUGACUGGCACGCAAAAUCUUCUCCGGCCUCAUUUAGAAAGAGUUGCUAUUGAAGCACUACAGAUAUGCUGUUUGUUGCUUCCUCCACCAAAUCGUAGAAAGCUUCAACUCCUAAUGCGUAUGAUCUCUCGAAUCAGCCAAAAUGUUGAUAUGCCUCGACUUCAUGAUGCAAUGGGCACGAGGUCUCUGAUGAUACAGACUUUUUCUCGAUGUGUGUUAUGCUGUGCAGAAGAAGUGGACCUUGAUGAGCUACUUGCCACAAGAUUAGUUUCAUUUCUAAUGGAUCACCAGCAAGACAUUUUUAAAGUUCCAACUUACCUACAGGUUGCAGUGCAAGAUCAUAUAGAAUCUCUAAAGACAGCUCAGUUCCAGUAUCCAGGGGAAGAAAUCAGUGCUAUUUUGCCAACUUAUUCAUAUUGUAAGCGAAUAACUCCUCAGGAGUUCGAUGAACAAAAAGUUUCUACCUCUCAAGCUGCAGUUGCAGAACUCUUGGAGAACAUUAUCAGGGACAAAAGCUUGUCUCUGAAAGACAAAAAGAAAAAGCUAAAACGGUUUCAGAAGGAAUAUCCACUGAUCUACCAGAACAGAUUUCCAACUACAGAAAGUGAAGCAAUAUUAUUUGAAAACAAACCAACAAUUAAGCAACCAAUGCUUAGCCUGAAAAAACCAAAGUUUCGUAGUGUAAGAUACUAUUAG